AUGGCCGCCAACGUGCCCAUUCAGAUCGCCGAGACGAUACAGACAGCGCACAUUAACCGUGCCCCGUCCCCAGAUCACGAUCUCAACCCCACCACAGCCGCUUCGGAGAAGGAGCCGGUGACAUUAGAACCCGUCUCGUCGCACGAUGACCUCGACGAUGACGAGCUCGACGACGACAUCCCCUACAGUGUGCUGGACCCCAAGCCGCGGUCAGCAAAGCUUCCGCCCAUGCCCGACCUCCGAUUCGAGCAGAGCUACCUGCACAGCAUCUCCAAGGCGGAUACCUGGGGAAGGGUAGCGUGGAUUACAGUGAGAGACCAGGUCAUGAUGCCUUUGGCGCAAGGAGUCGUCUACAACUUGUUCUUGAUCGGCUGGCACCAUUGGAACAAGAACGCACAGGUCCACGGCGGCUCCAUCGGCGCGAGGGUACGCAGGUGGUGGUACGGCGUGAACAACUGGAAGCUGCCGCCCCCAAAACGAGACACAUGGAGGCUGAGGAAGGAGUUGUGA